GUUGCUUGCCACAGUUGCCAGUGCUGGUGCCUUAUCACUCUCGUCGAGCCUCACCACAUUCCACUUGCCUCACACACACACUGCACGUAGCCUUGCGUUCAUACAGUGAAACCAAGAAUGUGAGCGAAAGAAGUGGCGGAAAUAGGCACAAAUUUGUUUGCGGUCGGACACAACCCAGUUGCAAGUGACGGUGUGAAGCUGGUGGCAUCAAGGGCGCCUGGCAGCAAGUCAUCAGGAUCAACUCAAAUACCCACCAAGAUAACUCAAAAGCGGCCUCGCCCACUAAUUGCGGAAGUUGUGUGUAGCUCUUGUUAUCGCUACGCUGCGCAGUUGAUUCCCAUUCCCGUUACUGAAGGGAGUGCCACCACUGUCCUUGUGUCAUUACAGGCCCCACGAAUGAUGCUGCGCUCUGCUUGAGCGCAAGGCAGAAGAUCAAUAUAAUUUAACUUUCCUGCUGGAGCAUAUAGAUUAAAUACAUUGAUGAUCAAGAUGCCCACAUUAAUCCUCAUUCCACGAUAUUGUUGCCCUUAGUUUUAUUUUUUCUGAAAGUAGCAGUGAUGGACGGGUAUUCGCAGACGAGUACCGAUAGACUGGUAAUCAUAAACGAGAACUCACAGACGGGUACUCAUACAGGAGUACUUACAGACCGGUAGAGUAAAUCCUGGCAGAUCUAGGUAAACUCAGAUUUGAACUCGACCUCGUCUUUAAUAUUAGUCAUGAACUUCCUCUCUAUCAGGCAGAUAAUUCAUAAAAACACAAGUUUAUCCAAACUGCAGAGAUACGUUAUGCUUCUUUAAACCUGUUUGAUCUGUGGAAGUCUUCAUACUGGAGACGUUCUGAAAAACACCCUUAUAUACAAACUAAAAUGCAUGAAAUUAACGAGAACACUCCACUCGUCAAGGGCACGCAUGCGGGAGCCCCAAAGACCCAUAGAUCUCGUAUUGUCCAAGCAUUAGCCGACGUAACUGUGGAACCUGCUCUUAUGCUGCAUUCCAUCGCUUAUACAAUAGAUCAGGUAUACCUGACGAAUCUUAGAAUAGACAAAAUAUGUUUGAUUAGUUUUAAGUACAGCGCAGAAAUUUGCAGAAACCUAGACGCAGGGAAUCAUACGGUGGAACAAGACGAAGUGCAGCGUUUAGCCUCAGAUUACAAUGUGUACUACCACUGGGCCGAGUACUUGCCCGCCUUGAUUAGUUUGGCCAUAUUGGGCGCCUGGGGCGACACUAGGGGUCGCCGGCUUCCUCUUAUCCUUCCUUUCAUUGGCGGUCUACUCACGUCCCUUGCAUUUUUGGCCAAUGUUUACUGGUGGACUCUACCUGCUCCAUUUCUCAUCUUAUCCAAGGUUCCUCUUGGGAUCACAGGAGGAAUGCUCGGCCUAGACAUGAAUGUUUGUGCCUACAUGAGUGCCAUUUCCAAAAACCGAUCAAGAACUUUCAGGCUGUCAUCCACAGAGUGGCUCAAAUAUGGUUGUUAUCCAUUGGGAACAUAUUUAGCGUUGCUUCUUUAUGGCUAUGGCGGGUACCUGGCAGUCUUCUUAUUCCAAGUGCUGCUGUAUGCUGCCGCCUUGGUGUAUCUGGUGGUGCGUCUGGAGGAGCCGUCGUCCAAGAGGGAGGAAAACGGCCAAGCGGCAACUCGCAGUGUUUGCGAGGUAUUCUCACCCUCAGCGCUGAAGAGGACGUUUACUCUCAUAUGGAAGCCGAGGGGAUCAGGCGGUCGAACCUCAUUAAUUCUUCACACAGUAAUCCUUCUCUUGGCGAUAUUCAUGUUAGGCGUCAAGAACUACUACUUCCUGUACACAAGGAAGCAGUUUGACUGGGACUACGAACAGUACGCGGACUGGACUCUUCUGGAUUACCCGGUGAAGGCCAUUGGAACGUUGAUUGUGGUUCCUUUACUGAGCUACUACUGUCGAGCUGAGGACAGUAUGUUAAUCUUUAUUGGCUCCGUCUCAGCCAUGUUUUUCUACGUUCUGUUCGGUACUGCGCCCGUUCCUUGGGUACUCUACUUUGCUUCUGCAGUGUCGUUCUGUAGUUUAAUACCAGCAGUGGCUGCGCGAAGCACGAUCUCUAAGGGGGUGUUGAGCAAUGAGCUGGGCUCCAUGUUCGCCUUGCUGGGGGUGACCCAGUGCGUCCUAUUGCUGGUCGCUCCGUCGCUUUACACUCUCACGUACAACUUCACACUUGAUUUCUUCCCCGGGACGCUCUUCCUCGUAAUGGCAGGAGUUGCGGCCGUCGUGGGCUGCAUUAGCGUGUGGAUCCUGACUCAUCAUCAGCCUAGACAGCAAUAGAUAUGCAGUCAAUAAUCAUUCGUCUAAGCUUUUAAAGCUACCUGGUCACGGCAAAUGUUCCAGGAGCAUUUUUACAGGUUACUUUCGUGCAUUGUGGGUUGCUGAUGGUGACAAAAUUGAAAACAAAAUGUUGAAAAAUCGCAAUGUUUUCUUGAAACGUGUGCUUAGAAGCUCAAUUUUUACACUGUGUUGAGCGUCAAAAUUAUCACCUGUGUGAGAGGUUAUUAAGGCCCCGAACAAGAGCUUACUGGCUAAACAGUAAGUAUACCUUAGCUUAGAACACAGUCCUCGUCAAAAGUAAUAUCUCGGUGUAUAUACACCGAGUAGUAGUGUACACCUCGACGGUGUAUAUAUCCUGGUGUGGCCCUGUCCACUUAUGCUGUGAUGGACGGACUUGUUAGCCAGAUGUGUCCCAGUACACUAAUGCUGUGGUAGACGGGUUUACAAGCCAAAUGUGGCCGAGUCCACUUGUCCUGUGGUGAACGGAUUUAUUAGCCAGAUGUGGCCCUGUCCACUUGUCCUGUGGUGAACGGAUUUAUUAGCCAGAUGUAGCCCUGUCCACUUGUCC